UUCCUCCUGGCAAAGAGGAAGGAAGGGACCCGCCUCUGUCCGAGUUCCCCCAGGGAGCCCUUGCCCAAGCCGCCGCCGUUCACCGCGGUGUUGACACCACCUCGUGUCACCAGCCUGGUCCUCGCCCGCGGUGCCGGUCGCGCUGUCCCCACCGACGUGUGCCACUGCCACGGCACGGGGCAGGCAGCGACAGGGGCCCCCUCUAUCGCGCUGCCCCACGCGUGGCCAGCCCGGGACGUCGAGAGGACGCUCAGAGCUCGCCCUUAGGACCGGGGCCCGGCCUGGGGUCUCCGGCGGGCUCUCGGUGCCCGCUGCCCGGCGCAGCCCGCCGCGGCUGUCCGGUGAGGAUGAAGCCCGUCGGGGGUCCCCGCCCACCCCGGGGCCGGCACAGCUCGCGGCCGCUCGCUUCCAUUUCCUGUGCCGCUUUUCCUCCUCUUCCCGCAGCUGGUGCCCAUGGCCGGCCCCGCCGCCGCCGCUCCGCUCCCUCCCGGGCAGCGCGGCCCCUCUCCGCAGGAGCCCUCGGGUGCGGGUGCCCAGAAGGGUCAGAGCUUUCAGCUGCAUCAGCCCCAGGUGAAGCUGUGGGUGACAGCCGGGGAGACGCUCACCCUGACCUGCACCGCAUCUGGAGAUGGUCCCACUGGUCCUGUGAAGUGGCUGAAGGGCUGGGGCAGUGAGAAUGAGACCAUUUACGACCAGACGGCCACGUCCCCCCGUGUGACGAGGGCAGCAGCUGGGUCCAACACAGACUUCACCAUCCACAUCAAGGAUGUUCGCCUCGAGGAUGCCGGCACCUAUUACUGUGUGAAGUACAACAAGUCUGUGCAUGGUGUUUUGGUGUUUCAGCAUGGAAAGGGCACCGAGGUGUCCCUGAAUGAGGCAGCCCUGGCUCCCAGCAUGGUGGCUGUAGCUGCAGUGCUGUGCUUCCUACUCCUCGGCUUCUUCAUCGCCCUUUGCAUGUACCGGAGGAAGUUCAGAGACGAGGCAGAGAGCCAGGACCGGGCCGGGGCAGUGGCUGGAGGCAGCUUCUUGCCCAUCCCUCUGCGGUGCUGUGCAGGGACCCCCAGCUCCCCCAGCCAAGCCUUGGACCCAGAGACCUCCCAUCUGCCCAGCCAGCAAAGCAGCAAGGAGGACAAUGACAUCCACUACGCCGAUCUCCAGGCCCUGCCCGCAGCCCCACAGCACAGCAGGAGCCCCGGCACAGCCCGCUCCGAGUACGCCAGCAUCAGGGUGGCUGCCAAGUGAUGUGUGGCACCACAGGCUGCAAAAAGCCCCUUCUGGGGGAGGAAGCUGGGAUGUUUCUGCAGGGCUCAAUAAAGGAGAAGUGGAUCUGUUUGCGUGGCACAUCCCGUCCAGGCUUGCACCCUGGGCUCGGAGCUGCCAAAGCUUCCCUAAUUCAUUCCCACCUCGGCGGCGGGGCCGGGUGAGGUUCAGGCUGGAUCUGCCCUGCUGGGGCUCAGCAGCAGCUCUGCCAGGACCCAGCAGCCAUCUCAAGCACAGGAUCAGGCCAUGAGGCUGAGCACCUCUGCCUUGUGCAGGCUGUUGGGUGCUGAGCCAGGAGGAUUGUUCCCACCAGCAAGGGGCAUCACUGGCACUUCCCCGGCUCAGCAGGUCCCUGAUUUGUGUGACCUUCUCUCCACACUGAGCCCCUCCUCAUUAAAGCCAGCAAACAGCCACAGCCA